AUGGACACGAACGGGUGGACGCCAGCCUCGCCGCAAGAUGAUUCUAGCAAUCAGGUUCGAGAAGCCUCCUUUGAUAAUACACGGGAUGUUGGUCCUGAGGUGUCGCCGUACGCAAGUCCAACAUGCAAUGUCUACUUCCAGAGCGGGCAGCCAUUCAGGGUACCAAGCAACCUCCUAUGUCAAGAGCUCGAAAAUAUUCGACACCGAAGCCAUGGUGAAAUACGAUUGAAGCAUAUACCAGACGAGGCAGGCCAUGUGCUCAUUCACUUCCUUCAUACGGGAUCAUGGCAAACACUGCGGGUCAAGGAGUCCCUCGACGCAACAAAGGAUACGUCUCACCUCAACAUCAGUUUGCAUGUCUAUGCCGCUUCGCAAGCAUAUAAGCUACCUUUGCUAGCAGAGCUUGGAAAAGAGAAUAUUUCUCUUUCUGCUGAAGCACUUCCCGCCCUUGAGGUUCUUUUGCUUGCUUCAGAUGCUUGCAACUCUCUGGGAGAGGAUGACCCAUGGUUUUCGGCAUUCAUCAAGCGUCGCACUCGACAACUAUUCGAAGACUCAUCCUCUAUAAACCAAUCCGGUCUGUUGGGGUGUUUUGACAACGCCACGAUAUUCUCAAAGCUGCUGGUCAAAAGUUUGAUCGAGAUCUGUUGCGACUACUCGGUUUCUGUCAACCCGAGCGAAUCUCAAUCUUCGCCUCGGCUUGGACCAUCCACUACAUCAAAGCCUGUACCUGCUCCUUGGACGGACGCGGCUGAGCCGGAGGUGGACCUGACUGGGGAACUUGCUUUGGAAUCGGCGUUGGGCAACAGCCUGGCAUCGACCUCAAAAAAAGACAAGAAGAAGAAGAAGAAGGGUAGGAAGCUCGAUGAAACCACUACUGAGUCAGAAAUAUUGGCUUUGAGAGAUGCUGCCGAGCCUGUAACGAAUGGUCGGUAUUGA